UACUGUUUGAUCUCUAGAACUCUCGCCUAUCUUGCUCAUCUCCUAUAUAUUCAACUCACUCUGCACCUUUCAAAUCACUCUUUAAUCUACCUAAAAAUUCCUGCAUUACAUAUCAAAGCUCUUUCCUUCUUCCCUUAUAGCCCUUGAAUUCUGUUUCCAUCAUCUACAUUUCUAUAACUUGAAUCAUGGAUUUGAGGAACUUUGGAUUCGAUUCUCCCCUCUUAACAAUCCUGGAAGACAUACUCGACAUCCCAGAGGAGCACGAGAAGUCCCGGAACAACCCAUCUCGAGCCUACGUUCGAGAUGCUAAGGCCAUGGCAGCCACUCCAGCUGACGUGAUAGACUACCCGACAUCCUACGUAUUCAUUGUCGACAUGCCUGGCAUAAAUCCGAGUGAAAUCAAGGUACAGGUGGAAAAUGACAACGUUCUCGUGGUGAGUGGGGAGCGAAAGCGUGAGAAAGAGAAAGAUGAGAAAGAUGGGGUCAAGUACGUAAGGAUGGAAAGGAGGGUUGGCAAGUUCUUGCGGAAGUUCGCAUUGCCUGAUAAUGCGAAUAUGGAUAAGAUAUCAGCAGCCUGUCAGGAUGGCGUUUUGAGAGUGACCGUGGAGAAACUGCCUCCACCUGAACCUGAAAAGCCUAAGACCAUUGAGGUUAAAGUUGCAUGAGAUGACAGCUAUAUAUGUAUGGUUGUGUCAGGUUUAAUUUGUGACAAGAUGAGUGUGUUUCUUUGAGUAUGGCUUUGGUUGUGUAAGGUUUGAAGAUUAUGAAUAUAUAUAUAAAAUAAAAAUUGAAGUUUGUUUUUUUUGUUUUUA